AAAAUUUUAACAACUUAAUAUUUAAAAUCAACCAAGAGCUCUUGGCCUAGUGGUAAAUGAACUCGAGCUGGAGUGCCCGUUCCUGGGUUCGAGUCGUUUUGGCCACCUUCUUGCCCACGAAUAAAUGGGUAUGCCCGGAUGGAAGGCCACUUGGGGAUUAGUCCAGCUUACCGCUGGGAAACCCCAAGGCUAAAUAAAAAAAAAUAUUUAAAAUCUCUGCAACCUCUGACUAAAUGCUGUGUGGGUUGCGGUCCCUGCGUGUAGAUUGGGGUCAUUGCGACAUGCAAACUAAUAAGGCCGUAAGGGUAUUUAAAGUUCUGCUUGUCUCUAAGUCUUUCGAGCCCUUUUUAUUACAUCAUAUUGAUUAUGUAGCCCAAUUUCUCCUUGGACCAACUCUAUAGUCGAUUGUCUUCACCAUUAGAUUUUGAUCAGGACCGGACAUGGAUGAUUCUUUGCUAGAUGUAUGACGUGUGUUAAUGAUGUAUUAAAGUAUCAUGAAAUUGCCAGGAAGAAGCUGUAGUGUUCAGUUUUUGAGUUGAGGAAAGAAAACUCAAAGAUGGAGGAUGUGAUAUACAAAAAUUGUAUUUGAUUAAGUUUAAGGAUUAUAAGAAGAUAAGAAAGUAUGUGGCGUGAAUUACUUUUGAUACUUUUUUCAUCUUUUUAACUGUUUUGAUAUAUUAAGAAGAUGAAAAUUCAAAGGCGAAGACUUAAAGACCUAAUGCUGUCUGCGUUCAAGUAAACGCAAACAUUUCACUUCCUUACAAAAGCCAGUCUGCUUUUAUCAUAGAAGAUACAUAGGAAAUAACAAACAUCUUAAAAAUGAGCUCUUACAAUCCUUCUUCCCUUUUAGCUAUCUUCUCUCUGCUAUUUUUCUUGAUCACUGAUCUCACUGUUGCCGGGUCUUGUCCUAGCCAAUGUGGAGGAAUCGACAUCCCGUACCCAUUUGGAAUCGGGAAGGGCUGUUAUCUCAAUAAAUGGUACGAAAUUAAAUGUGACGUUAAUACCUCUCUUUCAGUCUCAGGGAAGCCCAUCCCUGUUCUUUCACUGAUCGGUAAGGAAGUUGUGAAUAUCUCUCUUCCGGGUCAACUAGGCAGGUAUUUUUCUUACCGCGUACCAUACGGGUCAGUCCGCAUAAAAACCCCAAUAACUUCAAAGGGGUGCUCCAGCAACGAACAAGAGCCUACAUCACUUUUGAACUUGACGGGAAGCCCUUUUUACCUUGGUGUCAAUAAUACACUGACAGCUAUUGGUUGCAACAACAGGGCGUGGUUGACACAUGUCGAGCCAAGCAUCGUGGGUUGCUUCUCCAGUUGCCUCGCACCUAAUCUUACUGCUUCAAGAGAUUAUCUAGAGACGGUCAAUUGUAAUACCAACAGUGACUAUGAUGACGAGUACGAGAAUUGUAGUGAAAGAAGAUAUAUAAAUGAAACAAGCUGCAACGGUAUUCGAUGCUGCAAGGCAAGCAUGCCCCGUAGUAUUCAGCAGGUCGUUGGUGUAACAAUAGAAGAUAACGCCACCACAACAAGAGAGUGUAAAGUUGCCUUCUUAACAGAUGAUGAGGCAUACUCUUUUUUAGACGGAUCUGAUUCAAAUCUGCUUCUUGCUAAACGAUAUUCAACAGUUGAGUUAGGAUGGUUCGUCCAUAAAACGGAUCUUCUUUCCUUCGUAGACUCUCUAAGAUGUAUGCCUAUGAAAGAAUACUUAAAUCUAAGUCGAUUCUCAUAUACUUACGGAAUAAGUUGUGCAUGCGACUAUAAUUCUUCCUUUCCUAACGAUGCAAGUUGCAGAUGCAAUAGAGGUUACAAGGGAAACCCAUACAUUCCUGGUGGAUGUAAAGAUAUUAAUGAAUGCACUGAAUAUGACUACCCGUACUGUACUGGGGACGCUACUUGUGUCAAUGUGCAAGGACACUAUAAAUGCGUGUAUAGAAAUCACCGGCUUGCUAUAGGGUUUGGUUCUAGUUUCGGCUCAUUGAUCUUUAUUGGUGGAAUAUACGGGUUAUACAGAUUUAUUAGAAAACAAAGGAGGUUAAACCAGAAAAAGAAGUUCUUCAAGCGUAAUGGAGGUUUAUUGUUGCAACAACAAUUAAUUUCAACUGAAGGCAACGUUGAAAAGACAAGAGUGUUCAGCUCGAGAGAGCUCAAGAAGGCCACCGAGAACUUUUGUUUAACUAGAAUACUUGGCCAGGGUGGUCAAGGUACGGUGUACAAGGGAAUGCGUGUUGAUGGUAGAAUUGUAGCAGUGAAGAAGUCCAAAGUGGUGGAUGAAGACAAGCUGGAAGAGUUCAUCAAUGAGGUUGUCAUCCUCUCCCAGAUCAACCACAGAAACAUCGUGAAACUUUUAGGGUGUUGCCUUGAAACAGAAGUCCCUGUUCUCGUCUAUGAGUUUAUUCCCAACGGCAACCUUUUUGAACAUCUUCAUGAAGAUGAGUCAGAUGAUCACACGAUAACUACCUGGGAAGUGCGUCUCCGCAUUGCUAUAGAUAUUGCAAGUGCUCUUUCAUAUCUGCAUUCAGCUGCAUCAUCUCCAAUAUAUCACAGGGACGUCAAAUCUACAAACAUAAUGUUGGAUGAGAAAUAUCAAGCCAAAGUGUCUGAUUUUGGCACUUCAAGAACAGUAACGGUGGAUCAUACACACCUUACAACCGUUGUUUCAGGUACGGUGGGGUAUGUGGAUCCUGAGUAUUUCCAGUCUAGCCAGUUCACAGAUAAGAGCGAUGUUUACAGCUUUGGGGUGGUGCUUGCGGAGCUUAUCACUGGAGAAAAAUCAGUCUCUUUCUUGCGGUCUCAAGAAAAUAGGACAUUGGCAACUUAUUUCAUUCUUGCAAUCAAAGAGAAUAGACUACUUGACAUCAUCGAUGCACAGAUCAGAGAUGGUUGCAAGCUGACUCAAGUGACUGCAACGGCAAAUCUUGCAAGGAAGUGUUUGAAUUUGAAAGGAAGGAAACGGCCAAGUAUGAGAGAAGUGUCCAUGGAAUUGGAGAAAAUUCGUGGGUCUUCGGUGGAUAUGGAACUACAUGAGUAUGGUAGUGAAAAUGAGGAAGACCAUGAAGAACCAGUUGUGGAUGCUAACAUAAAAUUACAAUCAUGGAACAACAUUGCUGUUACUGCCCCAACUUCUCAAUACGACGUCGGUACAUCUUCUUUGCCAAUAUCAGAUGUUGAGCCUCUGUUUCCUUUUCAAACGCGGUAAUAAUUUCAAAUUUGCAUACCACGGCAUUAUCUAGUGCCUUUUGCUUUUCCGUCCGAUUUUGGUGUUUAUGUAUGUGUGAAUGUAUUUAUAUUUAUGAAUACAUAGAUUGUGUAAUAAAAGGAUCUCGUUUGUAAUAAAAAAAAAGUUUACAUUCUGAUAAGCCAUU